AUGGCCAGCGAAAACUUUUUGAUCCUUGACUCUGUCUUCAAAGGCAACGGCUUCACUUAUUCAGGAAGAUUAAAAUCCAGGCGGACUAAGUGGAAUGUCCGUGCCUCUGAAAUGUCCAAGCGAACCUUCAAUCCAAUCAGGGCAAUUGUGGACAAUAUGAGGAUUGAGCCAAACCCCAACAAAGCCAUGAUCUCCUUGUCUAUCGGUGAUCCCACCGUUUUUGGAAACCUUCCAACUGAUGACAAGGUUUUACAAGCCAUGAAAGAUGCAGUGGAUUCAGGCAGAUUCAAUGGCUAUGCAUCGUCUAUAGGCUAUCAAAGCAGCAGGGAUGCAGUGGCUAAUUUUUACAGCUGUCCUGAAUCACCUCUUGAAGCAAAGGAUGUGAUUUUGACAAGUGGCUGCAGUCAAGCCAUUGAAUUGGCCAUCUCUGUAUUGGCAAAUCCGGGCCAAAAUAUCCUGAUUCCCAGGCCUGGCUUCUCUCUCUAUAAAACACUGGCAGUGUCCCUGGGCAUUGAAAUCAAACACUACAACUUACUGCCAGAGAGAUCAUGGGAAAUUGAUCUGAAACAAAUGGAAGCAUUGAUUGAUGAUAAAACUGCCUGCAUCAUUGUGAAUAAUCCCUCCAAUCCAUGUGGCUCUGUGUUCAGUAAAUCCCAUCUCCAAAAGAUUCUCGCUGUUGCAGCAAGGAACUACCUUCCAAUCCUGGCUGAUGAAAUCUAUGAAGAUAUGGUCUUCCCUGAGUGCAAGUUCAUUGCCCUUAGCUCACUGAGCAGCAAUGUCCCAAUCCUGUCCUGUGGUGGUCUGGCCAAACGGUGGCUUGUACCUGGCUGGCGAAUGGGCUGGAUUCUCAUACACGACCGAAGCAAUAUCUUUAACAGAGAGAUUCGAGCUGGCUUAGUCUCUUUGAGUCAAAGAAUUCUUGGCCCUUGCACAAUUGUACAAGGAGCACUGGAAAAUAUUCUGAACAAAACACCUGAAGAGUUUUAUGAUGGAACCAUCAGCUUCCUGAAGUCCAACGCUGACCUGUGUUUUGAUGCUCUCUCAAUGGUUCCUGGCUUACAGCCAAUCAGACCGUGCGGAGCCAUGUACUUGAUGGUUGGAAUUGAUGUGGAUGAUUUUCCAGAAUUUGAGAGUGACAUUGACUUUACUGAAAGGUUGAUCGCGGAACAGUCAGUUUUCUGUCUUCCUGCAACGUGCUUCGAAUAUCCAAACUUCUUCAGAGUGGUGUUAACUGUUCCAGAAGGCUUAAUGCUUGAGGCUUGUCACCGCAUUCGUGAAUUCUGUGAGGAACAUUUUCAACCUCAAGAGAAUUGCACCACAGCUGAUAUUGAAUGCGACAAAUGA